GGCACCCGGCGCGUGCGCGCCUCCGGGCGAGGCGCGAGCGCGAUUGGGCGCGCGGGCGCGGGCGGGGCCCGGCUCGGGAGCGGCGCGUGCGCGGAGCGGCGGGAAGAUGGUGCUGAUCAAGGAGUUCCGAGUGGUUUUACCUUGCUCUGUGCAAGAGUAUCAAGUUGGGCAACUUUAUUCUGUGGCAGAAGCUAGCAAAAACGAAACAGGAGGUGGGGAAGGAAUUCAGGUCUUAAAAAAUGAGCCUUAUGAACAGGAUGGCGAGAAGGGACAAUAUACUCACAAAAUCUAUCAUUUAAAGAGUAAAGUCCCUGGGUUUGUAAGGAUGAUUGCUCCAGAAGGCUCCCUGGUGUUCCACGAGAAGGCCUGGAAUGCGUAUCCCUACUGUAGAACAAUUGUGACAAAUGAAUACAUGAAAGAUGACUUCUUCAUAAAAAUUGAGACCUGGCAUAAACCAGAUUUGGGAACAACAGAGAACGUUCACAAUUUAGAUCCAAACACAUGGAAGAGUGUUGAGGUUGUCCAUAUUGACAUUGCAGAUAGAACUCAAGUAGAACCAGGAGACUACAAAGCUGAUGAGGAUCCUGCAUUAUUCCAGUCAGUUAAGACGAAGAGAGGACCUCUGGGGCCAAACUGGAAGAAGGAGUUAGCAACUGAUGAGGAGUGUCCCAAAAUGUGUGCUUACAAAUUGGUGACCAUCAAAUUUAAGUGGUGGGGACUGCAGAACAAAGUUGAAAACUUUAUACAAAAGCAAGAAAAAAGGAUAUUUACCAACUUCCACCGCCAGCUGUUCUGUUGGAUUGACAAGUGGAUUGAACUGACUAUGGAGGACAUCAGGAGAAUGGAGGAUGAAACCCAGAAGGAGCUGGAAGCGCUGCGUAACCAAGGCCAAGUGAGAGGAACGAGUGCUGCCAAUGACGAGUGACGCCGGACGGACGCCGGUGCCGGAUCUUGGCUGUGUGUGUGGGUGCAUGACUCUGUAUAUAACUACACACACACAUGCAGACAGAAGGGGUGGUUACAGUGUCUCCGGGUGCUAUACCUGUCCUAGCAAAGAUCCCAAGGAAACUGCUUUCAUUAUGUAUACCCCAAGCAAAUAAAAAAUCAACUGAGUAGUGUCAUUUAAAGGAUGAAUUUUGCUAACUGGUAUGUUCAUGAAUGUCAAUACUGGACCAAUUUUUGCCCUACUUGUUUCCUCUCCUGUCCAAGUCACUCUGCUCUAACUUGCCCAUCUCUCAUUGUAAAGGAACACUCAAACAAGUUAAUUUCAGUUUUAUGUCUUCCCUAUGUGAUGAGUUUUUGGAAUAGGAACAAUGAAUGUAUUUAUAGCUAUUUAUUUCUGGAUUGUCAUUUUCCUCUAGUCAAAUCAGAAAAAAAAAAUUUCUAUUAGUGGAAAUUGGAAGACUUUUACUGUUGAAUAAGUUUAACCCAAACUUUACCCACUCACUGAUUUAAAAGAAAAAAUCAUGUUUUAUUGGACUUUUGUACAUUGAAAUGCUAACAGUUUUCUUCAUUAAAAUUGGCAAGAUUAAGGAAAAA